GUGUCGGAGGGAUAGAGGCUGAAGCUGUCAUGUUAGGACAGGCCAUUAGCAUGGUCCUACCACAAGUUGUUGGGUACAAACUGACUGGACUGGUCAACCCUUUGGUCACCUCCACCGAUGUUGUACUGACCAUCACCAAGAACCUGAGACAAAUUGGUGUUGUUGGAAAGUUUGUGGAGUUUUUUGGCCCUGGUGUAGAACAUUUGUCCAUUGCUGAUCGGGCUACAAUCUCUAACAUGUGCCCCGAGUACGGAGCAACCAUAGGAUUUUUCCCCGUCGACGGGAAAAGUCUGGAAUAUCUACGACAGACAGGUCGUCAUGGUGACAAGAUACAACAGAUAGAGAAAUACCUCCAAGCCGUUCAUAUGUUCCGUAACUAUGGUGACUCAUCCCAAGAUCCAGUUUUUUCACAGAUUGUGGAGCUUGACCUUUCUACGAUUGUAUCGUGUUGUUCUGGCCCAAAACGGCCUCAUGACAAGGUGGCUGUGACGGACAUGAAAACAGACUUCCAGGCUUGUCUCAACAACAAAGUCGGCUUCAAGGGUUUUGCCAUUCCCUCGGAUCGCCAGUCUGUUACUGCCCCAAUUGUUUCCGAUAACCAAGAGUACCUUCUGUCGCAUGGCUCCAUUGUCAUAGCAGCCAUCACCAGCUGUACGAACACCAGUAACCCGUCCGUCAUGUUGGGGGCGGGGCUCCUAGCCAAGAAAGCAGUGGAGGCAGGGCUUAGUGUAAAUCCAUACAUCAAGACAAGUUUGUCGCCGGGCAGUGGGGUGGUCACAUACUAUCUCAGGGAGAGUGGAGUCACGCCCUACCUAGAGAAACUGGGAUUUGAUAUCGUGGGUUACGGCUGCAUGACUUGUAUAGGAAACAGUGGCCCUCUACCAGAGCCAGUAUCAGAGGCCAUAGAAAAGAAUGACUUAGUAGCAUGUGGUGUGCUGUCUGGGAAUCGAAACUUUGAAGGACGGAUCCAUCCUCUGACGCGGGCAAACUACCUAGCCUCACCGCCCCUUGUCAUAGCCUACGCACUAGCAGGAACAGUCCUUAUCGACUUUGAAACUCAACCUUUAGGCACUGACAGUGAAGGGAAAGACGUGUUUCUCAGGGAUAUCUGGCCGACACGGGAGGAAAUCCAGGAAGUAGAGAAGCAGUUUGUGGUUCCUGCCAUGUUCACAGAUGUUUACUCAAGGAUUACAGCUGGUAAUAAAAGAUGGAACGCUCUCGAGGCUCCGUCGGAUAUCUUGUAUCCUUGGGAUCCGAAGUCCACCUACAUCAAGUCUCCCCCGUUCUUUGAGACUAUGACAAGAGAGCUUCCCUCUCAGACAGGAUUGAAAGAUGCAUGUGUAUUGCUGAACCUUGGUGACUCCGUCACCACUGAUCACAUAUCCCCCGCAGGAAGUAUCGCCAGAAACAGCUCUGCUGCCCGCUACCUGGCAUCUCGAGGAUUGACUCCGAGACAAUUCAACUCCUAUGGCUCCCGACGUGGUAAUGAUGCAGUGAUGACACGGGGUACCUUUGCUAACAUUCGAUUGGUCAAUAAGUUUGUUUCUAAAGCAGGACCAAGGACUGAAUUUUUACCCAAUGGAGAAGAGAUGGACAUCUUUGAUGCAGCGGAGCGGUAUCGCAGUGAAGGACAACAAGUAAUUGUAUUGGCUGGGAAAGACUAUGGAUCAGGUUCAUCACGAGACUGGGCCGCUAAAGGUCCUUGGAUGUUGGGCAUCAAGGCUGUGAUUGCAGAGAGCUAUGAGAGGAUACAUCGUAGUAACCUAGUUGGUAUGGGAAUCAUUCCAUUCCAAUACCUGCCUGGCCAGACGGCCGAUAGCCUUGGACUGACUGGCAGAGAACGAUUUACAGUGGACCUCCCAGCAGAUAUCAAGGCUGGUCAGAUCAUGUCUGUGAAG